AUGCCGGAAAAAGACAAAAUCUCAACGAGACUGCCACUUCACAUUAACAUAAAUACCAACGCAUUUGGUACAAAGUCAAGCUCGCUACGUAAAAUAUGGCACGAUUCACCUUAUCGUUCUCCUCUAACAAAAUUUAUCAAGAUAAAUGCGAAAUUCAAGCAACAAAUAUUAUUGGCUGUCUUGGUUCUUCUGUUUUGGAUUUGUGUAUAUAACAUGGGUCAUCCCUCAAAGGUAGAAGAGAUCACAUACCCGGAGACAAUACUUCAAGCAGACAUGUUAUCCAACAUCUAUCCUACCGAGGGUGACGGUAAAACAACCGCGAUUUUAUUAAAUUGGUCUAGACUAGAAAAUCUAAAGAUCAUUGUAAAGCAUCUUUGCCAAUAUUCAAUGUUCAAGGAGAUUAUGAUAUGGAAUAACGAUGAUGCAAUAAACCUUUCUGACCAGGAUGACGAUUGGAUAAUUCGACCAAUGCGAUCGAUAUAUGCCAACUUUCUGCGUUUUCCGGAUCUGGUUCACACCAAUACGAACGCCGAUGCGUAUUCCUUGACAAAUUGGAAAUGGUGCUUUUUCGAUGAUUCUAUAGACUUGCAUUCCUGUUUCUCAUGGGUCGGAACCGGCGCUUUUGUGUCUAGGGAGAAUGUGGUGAGAUUCCUUAAGAUGACUUCGGUAACGGAGAUGGAUCCUGUGGAAUUCACAUUUGGAGAUAUGUAUUUUACGACAUUCAUGAAUCAAGUGCCAUACCAACUGGAGAACGAAUUGCAGGAGUUGUCGCAAAAAAAUGCUUUUAGUGCUGGAGAAGGAAUGAUUCGCAACAAAAUUUACAUGCAUAAAGCUUUGCUGCAUCUAUAUGAUCAUCUCUCUCGUAAAACGGGCACGUUUGAAACCAAUGAGCUUUAUCCCAACAUUUAUCAGAGAGACGUGAGAUCCCCAUGCGCAAACGACCGAUGCUUAUUUUUGACAAACAAACAUCCUUUUCCUGAUGUCAGAGUGUUUCGUUACAGUCCAACAGUAAACAUUAGCGAGUCCGAACAAAUGCACGAAAGUUAUUACAGCACAGAACAUUUUAACAAACAUCCAUAUUCGCAUGCUGUCGACAAUAAAGCUUGGACCGCUUGGAAACCGCAAGAGGUUAUUCGUAAAGAUGAUUACAUCGGAUUAGAUUUAUUAUUUCCGAUUCCUUUUCCUCUCACUUUUAAACUUGUCGUCGAUCACCACAGAGAUUAUUUCUCGUCACUAAACAUACAGAUAUCCUUCGAUGGUGUGGAUGAUUGGAUGCCGUUGAUACCUUCUCCAAAGUUAACCAUUCAACAACUUCGGCAAACUGGAAUUGAUGGGAAAAAGCGCCUCUUACUGUGCACAUUUCAAAUUCGAGAAACUGGCAUCAGGUUUGUCAGAUUAAAAAGUACAAAAGAUUGGGAAUUUUCAUACGGUGUAUACGAUUUUUCUUUUUAUGCAAGCAUGGAAAAAUCUUAUCUAGAAAUUAACGAAAAUUCUUAA